CAUUUGCCACUAUCUCAUUAUCGUCACUAAUCAAUGAGGCUAAACUAAUGAACCCCACAGCAUCCAUUCCCCGGGUCAUGCCUGUCAGGCCAUGAUGCCUUCCCAUCUAUAAGCAAACCUGGCGCUCCUGUUCAGCUGCUACAACUCACAUUGCUUAUCCAAUCACAGAUAUUAGAUGCAGACCAUCAUACUCUCAUGGCUUCUCCUUGUCCUAUUAUUCCAGUCUCCCAGGUGCUCAGCCAUCAAAAUGACUAUUCCAGAAGGGAGUGGACCUCAUCAACUGCCACAGCUACCACAAGGCCAACGGCUUCAAGGCCCGAACAAGACCACCGAGUUGAGCGAAGUCAGGAGAGGAGGAGAGUGUGAGGACUCGGGUGCUCGGAGGAAGGAGAACCACAAAGGAGAGGGUGGUACAGCUGGUGGUGCACCUGGUGGUGCAGCUGGUGGUACACCUGGUGGUGCAGCUGGUGAUGCAGCUGCCGGGAGAAAUCCCGGCAGUGCAAAUUCCGAUUAUAGUCGGUCACAACAUGGACAUCACAGUGCUGCACCGCAGAUGCAAGUGCGAUAUACUUCCCACCUAUCCGCCAUCCCUAGUAUUUGGUUGAUCCUUGUACUUCUUUUCUUCUAUUAAUUUCUCAGGGCUUACAUCCAUUUAUCAUCGAAAGUGUGGUGUUCUAAAUUGCAUUCUAUGAUGAUGACUGCUGUUAGAUUGCAAUCUAUAUAUAGUGAUGAUCAUCU